AUGCGGCGAGCUUUGUUAGAUGGCAGACAGGGCUCUGUCGACGGCAACACCAAUGUUAAUGACAAAGAACUUGUGCACAAGUGUCAUAGCGACCCUGGUGGUGGGAGGGCUCUCGGGGCCCCGAGAGGUCCCAGACAUCGGUCCGUGUCUGGGGCUCUAAGGAAAUGCGUCCUGACGCUGGAUGGAUACUCAUAUGUUAUAGCUCUACCGUUCUGA